CGUUCUGACUGAAUAGUUUGAACGUAUCAUCUUGAACGGUUCAAUAGUCCCGAUCGAAAUAUAUUUCAAAAAUAAGAGUGCUCGCAUAUGAUAGGCACGCAGCACAGAGUGCCCCUGCCUAAUAAUUUGUUGUAGCCAUUCGAGUUCUCUUAUUGUAAAUGUAAGAAUAUCCUUUCUAAUUCUGUUCUAUCUUAGUUUAUUACACGUCACUUCGUUCUUCUUUACUCUAAUAACAAGAAUAGAUAUCUUACUGAGAAUCCGCCAUGAGCCGUAGCCCCUUACACUUGUCGCGAGGACGCAUGCGCAGUAUGACAGUGCACGUCGGUGCAUAUCGGUGUGCACAGUGGUGUGUAAGGCGGUAUUUUGUUAACAAAAAAAAAUUGGCGGACUCGUUGUUUUAAAAAUUGUGCAAAUGUUAUCGACAAGUAAUUAAUAGUGCGUCUAAAUGAGUUGCCGAUCUAUUCAAGAUUGCAACAAGUAAAAUGAACCACUGCAAAGCCAUGAAGAUGAGCUUCUCCUUAACUUCGCUCCAACCACUAGGCCAUGGCUUAGAAAAGCAUGGCCAAGUGGGGAUAGCGAUAGAAAGACCAUACAACAGUCUCACAAAAAAACGGAAAGAUUUAAAGCAAUUUUCUACACAGCGUUUGUGGACAAAUCGUGAAGAUAAUAAAGAUGAUUUCUGGGCAGCAAUACGAUCAAACUAUGAUUAUAUUAUGGACACUAAUUUGAUAGACAGUUGUAAGGAAGCUAAUGGUGAAUUAACAUGGGAUGAGACUGAUGUAUCUACACAAUCGUGGAGUUUAAAAGAAGUUAGUAGUCAAUUUUCAGAGCUAUAUUCAUGGCUAAUAGUUCUUCAAGAAUUAGUUUAUUCUAAGGAAGAAAAUUUGUUAGACAAAAGUCUGCGCGCGGCUCACAUGGAGGAGCUGCGACGUAGGGCGUAUAGAAGAAAAUUAUUUAACGAACAAGCUGCAAAAUUAGUGUCAAGUGCCCCUACUUUGAAAGACGAAGUAGCGUGGCGUGUUGACCAUUUAAAUGCAAAAUGGGAAUUAGUGGAACAAAUUAUGGCACCCGUUGAGCGGCCUGUAUCCGAUCAACAGGAUAUAUCAGCAGAUUUUGAUCAUGAAGUGAAAUGCUUGAGAAAAUGGCUUCGCGAAAUGGAGUCUCACCUUCAACCCUUGAGUUUUCAUGUAGAUUGGACUUUAUCAGAACUUGAGGAAAAAGCAGUGGAGCACAUGGUACUCCAACGAGACAUAGAGGCGCACGGUCGUAUCGUCAGCUCGGUUGUAAAAUUGGGCGACAAAGUUUGCACGCAACAGCAGGAACAGCAACAACAGGAGCAACAACAGGAACAGGAGAAGCAACAAGAACAACGGGAACCGCCACAAGCUUUGCGAAUCGCAAGAUCCCUGGAACGUCGGUGGCAUCUGCUGUUUCUACGUGCGUUGGAAUGGCAAUGCCACAUCGAGACACUCGUAUCUCGCAUAAGCAGCAAGAACGUUGUGCCUUACCGCUGCAGUAGCGACAGCGACGAGGAGCCAGUCACGAAGCAGCCUCGACUCAGCCGCAGACAAUCACGGGGUUCUGGAAGGGAAUCCCCGAGUCAGUCGGUACGUUCGACGCGCUCGAGCCGCUCGAAACACCACAGAGCCGCGAGAUCGCGAUACUACGAGGAUCCAGCCACGGUCAGAGCGGAUCUCUCCGACACCGACGCGUCUUCCGAGAAUCGAUCGAUCAGCGAUGGAUCCUACUUCGAGGAUGAACUGUGUCAGUUGUGUGUGAUGGACGCAACGUCCGCGGGAGUGGAGGACACGCACGAAACUGUUAAUCGUAUCGCGUCCAUUUCGGGUGAUCAGGGCGAGGAGGGCGAUAUAGAAGAGAACGCUAUAAGUGAUUACGAAGAGGACGAAAUGCCACCAACGCCCGACACCGUGCCGUUGACGAAUUCGACGGCAAUCGAGGAGGAAUCUUGCGAUCAAAUCGACGGACAACCCGGAAACGUCGAACAAUCGAAUAGCAAUAUUGCUACCAACGAGCCAGUGAAACGUCGUAGAACGACUGAGGAGGUCGCCUCCUUCAACACGUCCGACCGUAAGUCGAAGAACUGCGCGACGUUCUACUUCAGACACCUGGACACCGACUCCGAGCAGAACGAGGAGGCGGCGGCGAUCGCCGCGGACGACUCGUCGGAGGAGGAGUGGACGUACACGUCGUCGAACAUGAACAGCGUCCAGGAGCAUCGUAAAACGAACGUCCUGGUGCGGCUCGACUUUGGCGAGACGCCGCGAAACGGGCAUCUCGGCGAGGUAGCCGCGAAAACGACCGAAGAGGAGACCGUCAAAGGCGUCGGGAUGGAGUGCGUCGACGAGACUUCAAACGAAACCGACGCGUCUUCUCAGCAGGAGAAAGACAGUGACGACGAAACGAGAAACGACAAGACGAGCAUCCAGAGGCUCAUUAAGGAGGUAGAGAAAUUGGUCAGCGAGGAGAGGCGCGCGGGAGUGCCCAAGACGUUCCCCCAGCUCAUUCUCGACGAUAAGGGUAUAACGAACAAUCAUCGAGCCAAGUAUGCUCGAAUAAAGGAGUGGUUGAAGUUGAACUCCGCGCGCGGCCACGAAGGACGAUCCACGUCACAGCGUGAAUUACAGCCGUUGGAUAGCUGCGAUGCCAGCGGCGAGUACACGACAGAAGAAUCCGACGGGGAGAGACAGUCGGUCUCGUCGGAGGAUCUGCAGAGCAGCGUUGCAACUUACCGUCGAUUCGAAGGUGCACUUGGCUGCACGUCCCAGUCGAUGUCGCAAGAAAUAUUCGACGACGCCGACAAGACGCCGAUCAACGAGGCGCAUCCGAUGCUGGACUCGAGCACGCCGAAAGUCGUGAUGCGCUCCAAGCAGAAAACGAACGGUCCCAGACCGUGGAGCGUCUCGUGUAUCUCGCAGAUCGGAAACAACUCCAGUUUAAAUCAAACGAACGACCCGAUUUCGCAGUUCUCCAUCUCCGAGACGGCGCUCCAUCAGCUAAUUGCUACACCGCCGACCAAGUCCGUGUCCCUAGAUGCUACAGGAUCACGCAAAUCGUUCAACAACUCGACGUCUACGCUGUUGGAGGAGUCGAUCAUCUGUCACGACGGCCGCGUGGUUCGAAACAGCUCGUUGCGCAGAAAGAAGAGCAGACUUCGCAAGAAGACUCUGGGUCGUAAGAGCGAAUCGAGCUCGGAGGGUGUGAACGCCAAUCAGUCCGCCGGAAGCGACGGUAGCUCGUCGAAUCAGCAACGUUCGACGCGGAAGAUGAGCGGAAGUCGUUCGAUACGUACGAUCUCGAGGGAUUGCCACGGACGUUUGACGACGUUGGUGAAAUCGGGCUCGUUCUCGGGGUGCACGGCCCACCAGCAGCUAUCAUCGGAGAGGACGAUAGUCAGCGACCCGACACCGCCGUUCAGGUUACCCUGUUGCACAUCGGUGGCUUCCACGUCCGAAACCGAGGGCGAGGAACAACGCAAUAACUGCACGCGCGGCUGCUUCGCGUACGACGACAACCUCCUGGACAACGUGCUGACCAUCAAGGAGCUUUCCAAUCAGCAGCUGAACGUCGACAGCGACGUGGAGAUGAACAGUCUCGGGAACAACUCGUUCUCCGAGCAAGCCUGGGAUAAUUAUCAGGAAAAAUAUAUGAGCGAGCCGUACAGCGAAGCGCCCGACGUAGAAACGGCUCGAAGAUUGUUGGACUUUGGAGACGAUUACAGAAACUUCCUCGAUAGUCAGUCCGAUUGUGCCUCCAGUAUGAGCGCGGUUCCCACUAGUUCUCCACUGCCCAGAAGUCGUAUGCACCAUGAAAUCACAGAUACCACGGAAGACAGCGACAGUGACGUGGAGGACAUUCGGAAUGUCGUAGAAAAGUCACAGUCGCAGUUAGUGUUCGCUGAAAAUCUGUUUUUAAGGUCGAACGACGGGACAAUGCCCGAGGAUUGCACCGAAGUCGAGCGUGCGUGUAGAGAGAAUCUGAGGUGUCUUCACGCGCUAUUGGAGUCCGUGAGCAAUUCAUUCCGAAGCGAAAAAUAUAUGAAACAAGUCCGUGGUACGAUGGAGAAAUGGGAGUCACUGACGGCUAGAGUCGAGGAGACUCAAAUGGCCAACGCGCUUCAUCGCGAAUUAACCGCUCUGCGUACAGAAUUUAAAGCGGCCCACGACAGACUCUUUUCGUACGAGAUCGUUCUGGAGCAGCCACACGUGUUAGACGAGCGGAUUAAUCGAAUUACGGCCGAACUGGCUGCGUUGAGGGAUCGCAAGGCGGCGAUGCUGGCACUGAACGUCUCCACGCACAGACUGAUCACCGAUCUCGGUAACUCCGCGUCGUUGAACUUCACGGAACUGAAAGACGGCGUCACGGACUUGUACCGCGUCUGGGACGAGACUUUCCAAAAGGGCAGCCAACAAUUGUGCGCCCUGCAAGCCGUCCAGCAGUUCAGUAUUCGUUUGACGGAGCUACAGUGUGCCUUACGAAGGGACAAGGACACUCUCGCAGUUUUGGACGUAGCCCUUCAAGCAGGAGCUACGUCGGAAGUAGCUUCGUCCGUUCGUCACGUCGCCAGGCUACUGUCCGAGAAACAAGACAUCAGUUGUCAGAACGGGACGGUGUUGAAAGACGCGACCACGGAGGAGGUGAGCGGCGUCGCGACGACGAAGUUCGUGGACGCCUCGGCGACCAGUCUGACGCAGGAAGGUGGUUCGUUGUCCGACAGCGGGAUCUCCGACAGCGGAAGCGAGCAGGAGCUGAGCGCACGGGAGCGACGACUGGCCGCCCUUCGACGGCUGACGCGUACUUUGGAGAGCCAAUUGGCCCCAGGAAGCGAGGCCCUCACGGAGCUUUGGAAGAGAGUCGACGACGCCGAAACGGAGCUACGCGAUCUGCAGAAACAGUGUCGAGAGUUAAUUGUGCGCACCGCCGCCAGCGUCGAGGCGAGGGCUGCCAAACGUACGAGCAGCCAGGUCCACCAUUUCGCCGACAAGCGCAAAAAGGCCAGUUCCACGGAGAUGGGGAAAGAGGGAUCGGAUCGGAUCGUGGCGAUCGCGACGAAGGGCGGCGCGACCGACGCCGGGGACCCGGACAACGAGCCAGGUUUGCCUCACAGUUGGGUCUGGCGUAUCCUGAAGACAGCAUUGUCCUUUCAGCUGGCCCUGGUCGCCCUGCUCUAUGCCGCCUAUCUCCUCGAGCCUCAUUGCUGCGAGGCCACCAACACUCUCAAUCUGUCUCUCACCCCUCAGCUGCGCUACGUUAGGGGACCGCCGCCGGUGUGAAAGCGUCGCGACGCGUCGCGGAACUUGGUAAACCUUUGCCGGGCAGCAUCCUGCGCGCCGCAACACGAGAGGAGCGAACAGAUCGAUCCCUCAGUCACCGAACGCUCGUAGGGCACGAGGAGAGUGCACGAUUCCCAAAAAACAAAGACAAAAUUGCCGAAUCGAGCCACGAAACGCCGCCAACGUGCUUGCAAUCGCCGACAAAAGCACGUUUUCUUGUAUCUUUCGUACUGAUUUCUCGCUUCGAACGCCUUACGAACCGCUGAUACGCGAUUUAACGCGCAAUGAUCGAUAGAGUGGACGCUGACCGCGGGAGGGCAGAGUUUUGCAUCGUUUGGGGUGAUGUUUGAUCUCAUAGUUUCAGUUAGAGUUAGAAAUACUAGUAAAAAUUUUAGUUCCUCCCGUUUAUAAGUGAGACUCUCGUUGGUCAAUAUUUUGGUAUAUUGCACAGAAUUAUAUUACGUAAACUAGGAUUUAAAAUUUUCUAUUUUUGUACGUAAUAUCAACAGUAGAUGCCAGCACUCCAGGACUAACACUUCUAUUCACUUUGUUCUAUUAUUCUCAUAAUAUCUAACACUCUGUCCUUGUAUUUCAGGGUUUCGUACGGCGUUUACUCUGCACAUAAUUCUACGCAACGGAAUUAACAGAAUUCCGGCCACGUUUCCGAAGAACAUUUAAAAUAUUAAUAUUUUUCACAGCCGUUUCUUCGCGUUUCAAAGCACAAACUAUUUCGUUACGUUUGUUCCUAGUUUUUUACACUACAUUUCCGUGACUUUCCUUUAAACUUUUAUAAUAUCGUUGGCGCGAUCGUAACCCGGGUGGUACACUGCCAGUAGAAUUUUCGAGGAUUCGUCGAUCGCACAUGCUCAAAAGUAGCGACGAAAUUUCCGGGUUCCUUUUUUCCUGCCAAAAGGUCGAACGUGCGCUCGUUCGUAAAAUUAAUAAAAAAGAAAAAAAAACAAAAAUCGAAAGUGAGAAAGCCCCCCAGUGACUGAGGACAAUGAGCACUACGUCAAAAAAGAAAAAAAAAAAAAGUGGACGCAAGAAUGCGUUGUUUUUUUAAUGUAUAUAUAUAUACGUUUUUACGAGAUAAUAUUUAUGAGUGCAGAAUCGUAGAAGCGACGAGCGGUAAGUAUAGUUCGUACUUGCAUUACCUGCUGUGUAUCACGUGUGUUCGCGAACGAGGGAACGAAGACGAAGCCAAGCGCGAAUAUAAUUCGAUCUUCGAACAAAAACGAUACCGGGUGCCUCGAUUUAACUUGGAAACCCCGUUCCUCGCUAGGAACGAUAGGAGACUGUCAAGAGAUAAGGUUAACAGAGUAUUUAUAAAGAGGAAACUUUAUCUUUUAUCUUUGACCGUGAAUCCUUUCGAACGAGACGCACGACUACGAAUAAUAUAACUUAUUUCCGCGAGGUUCACGAGGUAUCCCGGUUGUUCGAAGCAGCGAACGCGACGGCACUUUUUGUUAUAUAGUAUAAAUAUUUAUUUAUAUAUGUUGCAAGUUAAAUAUUAUAUACAUAUAUGUAUUAUUGUUCGUAAUUUAACGUCGAGAGGAGACAUUUAUAUUUUCUCUCCAAGAGAAAACGGACCAGAUAGAUAACGUCAAAGUUUUUCCGUUCGAAAAGCUAUAUAUACAUAUGCAUGCGAUGUCAAGUGACAUUUUAAUACCAUCAUUUUGUUGUUUUCAGUGAUUUUGUUUGUUUUUUCUUUUUUUUUGAAGAUUGCAGUUUGCAAUGGUUGAGUGGCGUCGAGUACGAUGGAUCUUUAUUUGAUCAAAUUCUGCAACGAGCUUGUUAUUAUUAAAUAAUACAGUUGGUCUCAUACUUCGACAAGGUACUUACAGCCUCGUACCUGUAAGCUCGAAAAAAACUAAAAAUAGUACUUGAUGCUCAAUGAAAGUUUCACACGGGAAAUGGAGUUCCGUCGUGAAAAAGAUCGAGUUUUCUUUUCGGUUGCCCUCCCCCGAACGAGGGCCCUUGCUUUGAUUUUGCACGCGAGAGAAAAUCAAAAGGAAACUUGAAUUCCAUCCGACGAAUGCGAAUUUGUAGAAUCGUUUCGUUGAAACGCCAGAAAAUGGUGUUUGAAACGACACACGCGCGAAUUACCGCGAAAUCUGUUUGAAGUUCCUGUCGAAUUUCACAACUUCAUACAUUUUACUAACGCGUCGAGCGUGCAUAAUAUUUGUUCCUCGUGAGCUUGAUGGGAACUACGAACAUUCAAUUUAUCCCAUUCUGUUUGCCAAAGUCGACGAAAGUAUCGAAAGUUCGAUGAAUGGGUACGAGGAGAUCACGCGAGCAAAAUGUACUGCUCGGAAUGAAAGAGAAAACGAAAGUGAAAAUGUACAUUGCACGAUCGAAGCGAACGAUGUUCGCUCUAGAGGGUGGUUUUAUAACGAACGUUCGAGGCUGAACGAUACGAACGAAAAAAAAUGUUCUCUGGUUCCUGCCAUUCGAGCGGAACAGUCAGAAUUUGAUAAAUCGUGUCCUAACGAAACAACGAAACGCUAAGGAAUGAUUUUUCUACAUAUUGCUUCUAGUUAGUGCUUGAAGAAUUUUUACUUGUAUACUCGUUUUUGUGAGAAGUAAGAUCCAAUGGUAUAAUGCAAUAUUUCUAACAGAGUUGUGAAUAAUUGUCAAUUUCGUAUUUUUCUUGAAUCACUUUCUCAACGUUGCUUAAUGUCGUUUAGUCGGGGCUGCGCGGAUAUUUGACAGCUGUAACAACAAUUUGCAAAUCACGAAAAUCUUUCAAAAACAUCGUUGUGUGUUUAUUCACUGUUCGAUCGAGCUUUGGACAUUUUAUGAUAAAAAGUGUCAAAUACCUGCAAACACCCACGUGUUGUGUAACGUGUAUAGGCUUGUAUAAAACACACUGAGGAUUUUUGUACGAUUAUCGACGAUGCUAGGUAAAUUUUAGACACGGUGACGACCACGAUGGUGGUUUCCCAAACGAGCAAUCAUCGAUAAUAGUAAGGUUGUGCACGCGUUCGAUUUAUACAGUUUUCAUAGACUUCCAAUUCGUUCAUUAAGUGAAUUAAUGUUUGCUUGAUUUAAAGAUUCGGGUAGCGAGCAGUUAUCAAUGACAGGAGAACGAGGAGAACUUGGGUGUCGAAGUUUAUUUUUCUAUAUCGUAGAGAACAUUAUUUUUGCAUAAUGAUAGUAUUUCGUUUCACUGCCUAUAAGAUAGGAAUAGGAAAGAAAAAAGAAAGAAAUCUAGAAAAAAGAUUAUAGAUUUAUUGCUUUGUAUUAUAGUUGUUAAAGAAACAUUUACAACGACGAGAAUAACCGAGAAUCUACAUCGAAUUCAAAACGAUUUUAUCUUUUUCUAUCACGUUUUUAACGAUCCAACAAUUUUUACAGAAUGCACAGCGAUACGUUUUUUUAACAUUUGUAAAAGUUUUAAAUACGUGUUCUCUAUACUUGAAGGAAACUAGAGUAAACGCGAGGCGAUGAUUAGAGAUGUAAAUAAAUGCGUUCGAGGAGGUUAGCGAUUCGCACUGUAUAGUUCGAAUAGUAUUUUUUCUAAGUAAAAAAAGGAAAAAAAAAGAGAGAGAAACAGAACUUUGUUAAUUUUCGUAGUGGACGAACGAAAUUAAAGAAGUCUAUUUUGUGAGGUAUUUUGUAAGGGAAGGGGAAUCGUAGGCGAUAGUAAGCAUAUUCGUUCAAUUUUAAUCUUAGAACUAACACAAUCAUUUUGUGAAACGCGAUGGCCGCUGUAUUUCUCGAUAAGAUGGGAAUAUUUCGAUGAAAAUUUCGAUCUUCGCUUAUCGGGGAACGCAAAGCGACGUCAAAGACGAUUCGCGUCGAGUUCGAUUGGCCGUCGAAGGUCACCAGAGUAAAUUCCCCCCACUCUCGCCGUCUGUGGUGACGUUCUUAAUGGUGGGGAGACGGCCUUGAGCGGCCAGUCGAUCCCGACGCGUCGACGAAACUUCGUUCGUAGAAACGGGCGAACGUUUCGCCGGAGUUUUGGAGGGUUUUAACAUUUGCACGAUGCUUACUGUGUAAGCGUACGCGUUUUAGGAGCGUGUUAUUGUGCUUAGCGUCGACGAACCACGCGUCGGGACGCCUCACGCCACUCGUAGAAUGCACAACGCGUCUCGCAGAGUUGCGUUUUAUAUUCCCGGAGACACUGCACGUGUUUCGUGGCGCCUCGAACAAACAUCGAGCAAAUCGAAUUCGAGAAGUGUUCGCGAUAUCGGCGUCGAAACCGAUAUCUUUGUGAGAGAAAAAGGAAAAAGGUGAUUGAAAAAAAAAAAAGAUAUGAAUGUGGGUGAGGGAGAGAUUCGAUACGAAUCGCAAAGGGUGGCUCCUUGGUCGGUCAACCCUUCGACACUGUACUUACGUGUUUUUGAUCGCGACAAGCAGCGACGAUACAUUACGCGUACACAUGCACACACACACAGACACACGCACACACACAUGCAACUGACAGAUUAUACAACUUAAGAAUCGGCUGUAUUGCCUGCAUAAUGGUUUUUUUUAAUCACACAGAUCGAUAGGAUCGAACGGACUUCAUUCAGAUCUGCAGGACGACGACUCAGUUUCAGAGUCGAUCGCGUUAAAGAGGGAACUUAAAAAGGGCGAAAGGGAGCGCUUUUUUUGUUGGAAAAUGAAUCACGUGUGAAUUAGAAUUUUCACGUCUGUCAAUCACUGUGUGUGUCUCUGGUAUAUUUUAAUUAACAAAGAAAAAAAACAGCUUGCACGAGAUUCUAGAUUCGGAGUAAAAUGAUUGCGAUAGUUGGUUGAGAAAAAGCGCUCCGUUUUCGUCGUCAUAGUGCUAGAGCAUUAUCAUGCACCUUGCAGGAUCUGUCGCGCAGCGCGUUAUGGGGAAGAACGACGAACACCUGUAACGUGUAUCGAUCGGGAUCGUUUCGAUAGGACGUUGCGCGUCACGUUCCACGGUUUUAAGGUCCUCGGUUCAUCGGGUUUACGUUUUACAAUCGAUACGACCGUGGCUCAUCCUGUUGGGACGGUGAGUAAACGUUUGAAUGGGAAAACUUGGAAUCGACGAACACGAGGCCUUUGCCUCGCCCGCUUCAUUUACCUAUGAUAAUGUGUAUAAAGUACCUGAGAAAUCAAAAUAUUACUUAUAUACAGUAACGAGGAGGAUUCUUUUGUCUCCGUUCCGCCCGUGUUUUAAUCCGUAGCGUUUAAUCACGCCCUGUAAUCGUGUAACGAUCGUGUCGUGCUUGUACCCAAGCUUCUGAUUUGUCGCGAAAUGUAUUCACGUGCGUUGCUAUUUAGCAGCUACUUAGAUUAUACGUUGCAUGCGGUUUUUAUUUUUAACGAAAAUUAUCAUGUAAGGCGGUAUGUAAACGUAUUUGCUAUGUAUCGGGGGAAAAAGAAAAGAAAAAUAUCUAAGAAAAGAAAAAAAGAAAAAGAAAGGUACAUUUAGGUUUGCAGAUAUUUUUACGGUGGGCCCACGGUUUCUGGUGAAUUUUCUCGAUGGAUCUCGCGUAAAUCGUACGCGAUCAUGGAUAAGUCGGUUCUUCUGCGCGAUGACGCGCAGACUUUUUAAAAGAAAUCGUGGGCCAUUUUGCGACAAAGCUAUCGGAACGUAUUUCCUCGAGAGUACGAUGCCUGUUUGUAUUAGUAUGCUUAAAAAGUGCAAGCGAAAUUAACCCUCUGCGAGCCACUCUUAGUAUUACGAAUCAGUAUAUAUUUUUUUCUUUUUCCGUUUACAUCGAUCCAAGUAUUUUUUUCUUUUUUUUUUUAUUGCUCACGAUUGUUCGUGAGUUUGGUAUUAUUAUCGCGUGAAAACGAGUCGGUUCGCAGAGGUUUGAACUUGAUUGUAUCGGUAAGGUUUUUGUUCGAACACCUUGAAGACGCGAUUGAGGUUUAAGUAGCGAGUAUGCUUUACGUUUUAUUUUACAAUUAGGCGCCGUAAUGUCGGACGUAAAUAUUAUUGCAUGACGAUUGAUCCAACUCGUAUUAAUAUUUUUAUUUUUUUGUUUGUUCAAUAUUAUUCUCGAUCCUGAUGGAUUUUCCCCAGUGGUUUGUUCUGCCGUUUAAUUUUGUAAACUUUGCGUCGAUUACCGCGCCGAAUGGAUUGUUUUACCGCGAAGAAACGCGUUCGUUUAAAUUCCAUUAGUUCUCGUUAUUUUUAUUUUAUUUCUUAUAAUAUUUUUAACGAUUUUUUUUUUAAAAGAUCACGAUUACGUUUAGUUUCGUUUCGAACGUGUUUCUGUACGGUUCAGCUUUUCUCCCCUUUUAAUAUACUUAUCGUUAAUUUUAUUUGCUCAGACUCGUGCGAUUUUGCCAUUUCACGAUGCGCCCCAUUUCGGAUUAUACGCUCCCAUUCGUAUAAAAUUUCAUGUCAUCGAAUCAUUCAUUCACGUAUCAUUGCGUCUAUAACAUUGUAUACUUAUAUCCGAACAGUACCGAUAAUAUUUUCUACGAUUACGGAGUAUUCUAGUGUAUUUUGGCACUAUGGAAAAAUAAAUUACAGUUUUGGACAACA